CCGCACUGAGGGCCCUUCAUCCGACCUCUCCUCCUCUUCCUCAUCUUCCUCAUCUUCCUCUUCCUCAGCUCCUCUCUCUUGGCUAAUGGUCUGCUGAAACAAGUUCCUCGACUGCACUACUCGCUCUGUUACACACACACACAUACAAUACACACACACAUACACACACACAGGCGCGUGUGCACACAUACACUCAUUUCCUUGAGGUGACCGUCUAGGAUCCAGGACCGAAAGCCAGGAUGCCGGAGCCCACUAAGAAAGAUGACGGCCAAACGGAAGACAGCGCUGGUCCCGAGGCCCAGGCUCCGCCGACUCCUGAGAUCGAGCUGCAGGUGUCACCACCUGAAGCUGGCCCGGUGCCUGCUGGGAAUGCUGCUGGUUCUGAGCCCGUAGUCAUGGUAACUCCUCCCCCACCCUCUCCAGAGCCCGUUGUCAUGGUGAUAACUCCCCCCACAGAUAAAGAUGAUGAAGUAACAGCUGCCACCCCGUCGCCACCGCCGCCCCCCGCAGAGGAUCGACACACGCUCAAGAAACUAUCAGUUGAGCUGCCUAAUGAUAGCGUGCCAGAAUCAGCCAUGGGAAGGAAAGAUUCAGUGUGGUCUUUGGGGGAUGGGCAACUUCCUGAGGACUUAGACAAACCGAUCGAGACUCCACCCCUUUCCACCCUGCUGAUCGAAAAACCGGAACCGGCUUCCUCCAUCUCAGUUGGUGAGGACAUCACCUUCGUUGCCAAGGUGGAGGCCAAAGACCUGCUGAGGAAGCCGACCAUCAAGUGGUUUAAGGGCAAGUGGAUGGACCUGGCCAGCAAGACUGGCAAACACCUGCAGCUCAAGGAGUCAUUUGACCGCUUUACUAAGGUCCACACGUUCCAAAUGCACAUCAUCAAAGCGAAGGUGAACUACGCGGGGAACUACAGGUGUGAGGUGACCUACAAGGACAAGUUCGACAGCUGCUCCUUCGACCUGGAAGUGAAAGAAGUGGCAGAGGCUCCCACAGCUAAUGUUGACAUUCGUUCGGCUUUCAAAAGGAGCGGUGAAGGCCAGGAUGACGGGGGAGAGCUUGACUUUAGUGGCCUCCUAAAGCAUAGAGAGCCCAAACAGGAGGAGGCCCCCGAAGUGGACGUCUGGGACAUCCUGAAGAACGCGCGGCCGGACCAGUACGAGAAGAUCGCCUUCGAGUACGGCAUCACAGACCUGCGCGGCCUCCUCAAGCGGCUCAAGAAGACCGAGAAGGUCGUCAAGAAGAGCGAAGCCUUUGCCAAGAAGUUGGAGCCGGCGUACCAGGUGGACAAAGGCGGGAAGAUCCGAUUGGUGGUGGACCUGGCGGACCCCACGGUGGACCUGAAGUGGUACAAGAACGGCCAGGAGAUCCGGCCCACUCCCAAUAAUCGGAAGUACAUCUUUGAGCACAAGGGCACCCAGAGGAUCAUGGUCAUCAACAACUGCCAGAUGGCCGAUGACGCCGCGUACUCCGUAACCGCGGGUGACGAGAAGUGCUCCACAGAGCUGUUUGUCAAAGAGCUUCCUGUGAACAUCACAAAGCCGAUUGAGAAUGUGAAGACGACCGUUAACGAGCGCAUCGAGUUGGAGUGCGAAGUCACUGAGGAGGGCGCUAAAGUCAAAUGGAUGAAGAACGGCGUUGAGGUGCCGACGGGCGUGCGCUCGCGUUACCGCGUCAAGACCGAGGGAACCAAGCACUGGCUCAUCAUCGACGACGCCUCGCGAGACGACACCGGCACCUACUCCCUCAUGGCCACAGGGGGCACCACUGAGGCACACGUGCAGGUCGACCUGAAGCCUCUUAAGAUCUUUCAGGACCUCCAGAAUGUGACGGUGAAGUUGGGUCAGCCCCUGAACCUCCACUGUGAGAUCUUCCCCGGUAACGUCCCGGGCCGCUGGUACCGCAACGGGCAGCUCAUACAGUCUAGCGACCGCAUCAACAUCCUGCACCGCGGAAAGAACCAUCGUAUGGACGUGGCGGCGACCACCAUCCAUGACGCUGGAGACUACACCUUCAUCCCCGAGGGAUACUCUCAGAGCCUCAGCGCCAAAGUCCACAUCAUCGAUCCUCCCAGGGUGCACCUGGAUGCUCUGAACGCCCCUGACAACACUAUCACCAUCGUCGCCGGCAACAAGCUCCGCAUUGAGGUCCCCACUAGUGGAGAGCCCGCCCCCAGAGUCGUCUGGAUGAAGGGGGAGAGGGUGAUUCUUGAUUCGGGUAACCGCGUGCGUGCGGAGACGUUUGCCGAUCACACCAGUCUGACGAUCGAUGUGACGGAGCGCGAGGACACGGGAAACUACAAGAUCGUCCUGCAGAACGAGGCGGGAGAGGACACCGGCUCCGUCAAGGUCAAGGUCGUAGAUAUCCCGGACCCCCCUGAUGCCCCCCUGGUGCCGGUGGUGGGGGGGGACUGGUGCUCCAUGACAUGGGAGCCCCCCCACUACGACGGAGGAUCCCCCAUACUGGGUUACUUCAUUGAGCGUAAGAAGAAGCAGAGCUCCCGCUGGAUGCGUUUGAACUUUGACCUCAUCAAGGAGAUGACCUUUGAACCCAAGAAGAUGAUCGAGGGCGUUCCGUACGAGGUGCGAAUCUUCGCUGUCAACGCCAUCGGCGUCUCGAAGGCCAGUGAACCGUCUAAAGCGUUCAUACCAUUAGCUGUGACCAGUGAGCCCACCAUGCUGGUGGUCGAUGAUGUCACGGAUACCACGGUAACCAUGAAGUGGCGCCCACCUGACACCAUCGGAGCCGCCGGAUUGGACGGCUACCUGAUCGAGUACCAGGUGGAAGGAAGUGACGAGUGGAUCGCAGCCAAUCCGGAGCUGACGGAGAAGACCAAGUACACGAUCACGGGCCUCCCGACGGAGGGCAAGAUCUCAGUCAGAGUGAAGGCCAUCAACGCAGCCGGAGAAAGCCAGCCGCGCACCACACAACACAGUAUACUGGUCAAGGAGGUCAUAGAACCCCCAAAGAUCCGGAUCCCUCGUCACCUGAAACAAACGUACGUCAAGAAAGUUGGAGAGGCAGUCAACCUGGUGGUGCCUUUCAUGGGUAAGCCACGCCCCAAGGUGAGCUGGCUAAAAGACGGGGAGCAGAUUGACCCCACGCAGGUCAACGUGCGGAACACGGAAUGUGACAGCAUCUUCUUCAUACGCAAGGCGGAGCGUAAACACUCUGGGAAGUAUGAGAUGAGCGUGCAGGUGGAGAACCAUGUGGACACGGCCGUACUGGACAUCCAGAUCGUGGAUCUGCCGGGUCCUCCGCAGUGUGUGAAGAUCGAGGAGGUGUGGGGUGAGAACGUGGCUCUUGAUUGGUCGCCUCCCAAAGACAACGGCAACGCCCCCAUUACCGGAUACACCAUACAGAAAGCAGACAAGAAGACUAUGGAGUGGUACACCUGCAUUGAGCAUUACCACCGCACCUGCCUCACCAUAACGGACCUGGUGGUGGGUAACGAGUAUUUCUUCCGCAUCUACGCGGAGAACAUGUGCGGCCUCAGCGAAGCGGCCACAUCCACCAAGGACAGCGCCCUCAUCCAGAAACAAGGUCUCCACCUGAAGAGUCCAGAGUACAUCGAUCGCGACUUCACCGAGCCGCCCAAGUUCACGCAGCCGCUGCAGAACAUCUUCGCCAUCGCAGGAUACAACGCCACGCUCAACUGCAGCGUGAGGGCUAACCCCAGGCCCAAGAUCAUCUGGAUGAAGAAUAAGAUCGCCAUAAUUGACGACCCGCGUUACCGCAUGUUCAGCAACCAGGGGGUGUGUUCUCUGGAGAUCCGGAAGCCCAACCCCUACGAUGGGGGCGUGUACUCCUGCAAGGCCAUCAACGACCUGGGGGAGGCGCUGGUGGAGUGCAAACUGGAGGUCAAAGUCACCCUGCAGGAGUAGUCCUCUAUUUUCUCUCUGUUCUCUUCCCCAUCCUGAGGUAAGCUGUCAUAUGAUACCUGCAUAUGAAGCUUAUGUGCCAUUCAUUUGGAUCACUUUUUUUGGUUUAUUUUUCAUUUUUGUUCCUCUGACCUCAUAUGUAUCCUAAUGUCACACCAGAGUUCCCCUGCAACUUACAGUAAUCGCGAAUCAUGACCUUGCGGAUGAAGUUGCACUCUCAGGAAAAUUAAUUCAAAAGCUCUUCGUUUAAGGCCUUAAAUCAAAGCGUUUAGUUUUAUGAAAGAGUCAUCGAGGGAUGUAAAUAUCGACAUAACAUCCAUCGACCAUAUA